UGGCGGAAGCGUGUCUUAGCAACGCUUAAUGUCUCUUCGAACUCUCAAAACCGCUACCCAACAAAAAUGCCAUCUUAUUUUUGAAUGACUUUAACCGAAAAAUACAUCUCUGAAGCACAACAAGAGCGAGGCUGAAAUGAUUAAGGAAAAGUUGAGUUUUACGUGUGAUGUACUCCUGUCACACCAACAGCUCGCAUGCUGUGACUGUUACUGUGGUAUACCUCACCAGGGCAACAAUGUGCUCAUUUACAGCAAUAAGGAGAUACAACGAAAGCCACUGCUACUAACAGGCCACCAUGGUGACAUCAGUGCCAUGACUUUCGGGAAAAGAAGCAGUCCUGUUACCUUAUGUUCUGCCUCUUCUGAGUAUAUUAUAAUUUGGGAUAUUCAGGCAUGUCAGAAAAGACAAGAAGAAGGUAAACGUGCUGCUGGAACAGUGAUUGGUACUUUACUGGGGAAUGUUGUGCAUCUCUCAUUCUGCUCCGAUGAUGAACUGGUAGCUGUAUGCUCAGGAACAACUAUUUAUGUCCUCAAUUCAAAGAGACAGGAAGUGAUUUACACAUUAAAUGGCCACCUUGGAUUUUUAACAUCUGCAGAGUUCUGUCCAUGGAACACAAAUAUUCUUGUCAGCACCUCAGAGGAUCGGACUUUUAAGGUUUGGGAUUUAAAAGCUGGAGCUGUUUUCUACCAAUCCUUUGUCCUUGGAGGGUCUUCUCUGCUCAGCGUGUUGUUCUUGGAGGAGGAAGAGCAGCUUAUUACCGGCUCAACUGAUGGACAGAUGUGGUGCUUUUCUUUUGAUGAUGACUACAAAUGCCAUCUUGUGAAAAAAAUGGACCUUCAAAAGAUGGAAAAAAGAUAUGAAAUGCGCCAGGACACUCUGAGCCAGCCACAAGAUGUUGCUGAACAAUUGGUUGCUAAUAAAGUGGAGAUCUCAAAGCCUGUCAUCCAAAUGGCUUCAUGUGGCUCAUUUGCAGAAAUCCAGUUUGGUCAAGAAAUAGACAACAGCUGGUUUUGUGUAGGAAGCUCCAAUGGUCUGUAUGUGGUGGAGCUUGCUACCUCAGAACUCCUAAUGGUGCUGUAUUUCAAAGACAACCCCACCCUGAACAUGACCAUGGCUGGAUCAUGGUCAAUCUGUGUAGGAUCUGAUAAAUCUAUGAUCGUUCUAGUGAGCUCUUUGUUUACUCCAUGUGUGGUCUUGCUGGAGUUGUGUUUGAGUAACCUACGCAGGACAAGAGAAGAAGGUGGUUCAGGGUUUUCUGUUUUUCCAAGUUCUCCUCCACUGCUGGAAUCCCCUCUAAAUGCAGAGUUAAAGAGGAAGGAACCCAGCCAUCCGAAAAAGAAAGGAGCAAUAAAGGAAAAGCCGCUAGUUUUUCACUCAAAAGUGAAGUCAUCUGGAUACAACACCACCCCAAGAAUGACUAUGUUUUCAGCACAAACCAAUGCUCAGAAGAAAACAUCACCUAAAAAGUCAAUAAAACAUUUGGGCUUACUCCAUAGCAACUACCCAGAGGACAGUGCAGCACCAACUGAACCACAUACUGCUCUUAACAUUGCCAACAAACAAGUCUCAUGCCUUCAGUAUUCAGGUGAUGGAAAAAAAAUCCUGUGUGGUCUUGGCGACCGCUCAGUAUUAUUGUACAACUCCUGCCUUACUGGUAGUCCAACUGCAUACAUAGGUCAUGACAAGCCAGUGACCAGUGUGAGCUGGAGCCUCUGCAGACAAUGGUGGCUGAGUGCAGCAGAAGAUCUAUCAUUACGGAUCUGGACCAAAUCCAGCUCAGAGCCUGCCAUUAUCUUGGGUGACACUAUGUUCUCCAAACCCAUUAGAGGUGCUCAGUUUUAUUAUCUUGACAAAUUUCUAGUCCUAACAUCUGGACCUUCUAUAUACUUGUACCUGUAUAAUGUGGACCUCACCCGCGAUGAUGUAAAAAGAUAUAAGCAGCGGAGCAUCAUCAAACUGGCAAGUUGCUUGACGCCAUCAGCCUCGGACAUCACAGCCCUUUCUGCAGUCAAUGAUUUCCUCUCAGACAUUGUUCUGGUGAGUUGUUCAGAUCGGUCCAUUCAAGUUCUGGACAUGAACAAAGGUGCAGUUGGUUCUGUGCUGCCUGACGCCCACAGCAGAGCUAUCCACUGCAUCACACAGAACAAGCUUGGCUAUUGCAUCAAUGAGGACUUCUUUUGACUAGAGCCUGGGGGCCUUUGGAUAGUUUGGGUCCAGACAUCAGAAAUUUAAAUUUCCGUCACUUCUCUGCAAAAUUCACCUGGAACUCAUCAGACCAGAGGACUUCUCGGAAAACUGGAAAGGCCGUCUUGAACUCCUGUUCUCACACUCUUAAUGGAAAACUAAACAAAUAACACCCCCACAGCAGCACUCUCUUUCUCUCCCUUGCUCACAUGUCUAACUUUAUCAUCUGAUAUCUUGGUUUGGAAGUUAUGAAUGUAAUUUAUUUGUAGAUAUGGAGUGGAAACUAUGUUUUUGUUGGAGCCUAUUUCAGUGGUAUACCUAAAGUUUGGGAAAUUAUGCUGAACAUAUUUUACACAAAUUUUGCUUUCAUUACGUUUUUAUUCUGGACAUAAAGUAAAGCCCCAAAUCAUUCAUCCUGUCAGAUUUAAGUCUAAAAUUAUUUUCAUUUAACCAAGAAGUUUGUUUGUAGUUGGAAAAAAGACAGACGUCACUCAAUAGAUGUGUGUACAAGCAGUGUGCUGUGGGGCACACUCAUAGGAAAUUUCUCCUGUGUUGGCUUUUCUCCACCUGCUACAUGUUAAUCUCAGAAUUCAGUUAAAAAUCCUAUUCAUUACUUACAAAGCCCCCAUUGACCCAGAUCAAUUUAACAUAAAACACCUCAUUACUCCAUAUCAUCCAACAAUAUCCCUUUGCUUGUCUGUUUGUUGUUUCAAGAAUACUCAGAUCCAGAUUGGGUGGCAGCACUUCUUAUUUAAAAAAAUGAAAAAAUGCUUCAUUGGCAGUUGUUGCCAAUAAUAGCACAACUAAGUACUAGGUUCAGGAGUUAUUUUCUCUUGCACACAGAAAUCAAGCUGAUUUGGGUAAUUUUUGUCCCCUUAAUAAAGUCAGUCUUGAAAGUUAAUCUUUGCUCUCUGACAUUUGUACAAUAAUCCGAAACAUUUUGUUCUAUUUAAACAUUCAAUAUGGAUGUAGAAGUUUUGUUUGUUUGUUCUUUUACUAAAAGUUAUUUUAUUGAACAUCUUUUGUUUUAUUCUUUUUUUGUUUUGCAU